AUGGUCUACACAAUAAUUGUCCAUCUUGUUGCUAAACCUGAGCAUGUUGAUAAAGUAAAAGCAAAAUUAAUCGAAGCUAGUAGAGUUUACAAAAAUGACAAAGAAACAAUCGACUGGCAUGUUGCUCAAGAUGUCCAUGAUCCAUGCAAAUUUUCAAUCGUGGAGCGGUAUGAGCAAGAAAGUUCGCAAUCUUAUCAUUUAAACAAUCCCUACUGGAAAACAUUUGAUCCGUAUGUGAAGCCAUUGCUCGCCGAACCGAUGGAUUUAAGACGAGUUAGUGAAUUAGAUACAAGUAAAGAUGUCGACGUACCUCAGCACAAUAUUACUGAAAUAACUUAUCAAGAAUAA